AUGAGGAGACAUAAAGACUAUGCCCGCCGCCUAGGGCAAGUGAUGCUGUCAGGAAAGUCACCUGUGGACCCAUUCCCUCAGAUAGAGAUAUGUGAGUCGGAUGGAGGACAAGUAGCCACUCCGCAUGAUGAUCCUCUUGUGGUCGAGAUAAAAAUCUCCAAUAUGAGAGUGAAGCGUAUCCUGAUAGACACUGGGAGCUCGUCCGACAUUAUGAUCAUGGAGUGCCUCAGCCGCCUAGCCCACGACCCCAAAACCAUAGAGAGCAUACACUAUCCCAUCAUUGGUUUUGGAGGAAGCGUCAUAAAUCCUGUAGGCGUCAUCAACCUACCAGUUCGGUUCGGGGAUCGAAAAGAUGGACGGAAGAUGGGAGUAAAUUUACUAAUCGUCAAGGACUUGACAGCAUACAAUGUCAUCUUGGGACGGACUAUACAUGGAGACCAACAGCAGGCAAGAGACUGCUACUUCACAACCCUCAACCCGUCAGCAUGGAAGAAAGAUUUGGCCGAAGCAAGAGGCAAGAGAAAGCAUGAGGAGGAACUACCUACCGCCAAUGAGAGUAUACCAGUCAAGACAGGAAAAAGUGGCUAA